AUGGCUUACUAUCCAGACCCCCUGUUCCUGGAACCGGGGUCACAGCAAUUCCAGGAUGAGACAUACUUCACCAACUUUCAAUCAGACAGUGAGGAACAUGAUCUGGUCGCAAAGAACCUCCAAGCAUGGCCGAUGCCUAUGGAGACUCAGCCCAUGCAGCCCAAAGCCUACGCCAUGCAGUCGUAUUCAAAUGUGCCAUAUCUCAGCCCGUGCCUCGAACCAUUUGACCCGGCCGCCGUGCACACCGUCGGCCCCGCCCAGCUGCAAUUAAACAGUGGCGGUGACUUUUCCAUGGAUUACCAGCAGACUUGCCAGCUACCCGAAGAAGAGUUUGCCGCCUCGAGUGUCAAGGAAGAGUGCAGCAGCGACGUGUCGCCCUUGUCGUCACCCAGCCUGGUAGACUCCAAGACAUGCAGCGCCAAAAAGCCACCUACGCGCGGUCGCGCCGCGCCAGCGCCUUCAGCGUCUCCCUCGCCGAAGAAAGGGAGACCUCGGAAGAAGCGCAACCCGUCCAGCUCGUCCAGUGAGGAUGAGUCGGCCAUUCUCAAGGCCAAGUUUGCCCAUUCCGUCAUCGAGCGGCGCUACCGUGACAAUCUCAAUGGCAAGAUGAUGCAGCUCCACCGCGUGCUCCUGGCCGCUGAGACUAGCCCAACGUCUCCCGCCGCGCACUUUAACGCCUCCCUCACCGCUGCGACGCCCUCGGGCAGGGUGCGCAAGUCCGACAUCAUGUCGCGGGCGAUCAACUACAUCCACCAGUCCGAGGUCGAGAUCCGGCAUUUGGAUGACGAGAUCAAGCGCCUGCAGGACCAGGUCGGCAUUUUUCAGAAGCUCGUCAAUUGCGACGACAUGUCGCGGCUCAAGGACCUGGUGCGGCUCGGCGGCCAACAGCCAUGA